GUCAGUUGCGAACAAUGUCAACAAAGGAAUUGUGAGGGAUUUUUUCGUUUCGGAAAAGAACGCGUACGCGGCUUAGUUAGAGACGAAAUGCUUUUGAAGCAUAAUUAGUUAGUUCUAAUAUUGUAGCUGGAAAAAGCUGGAUAUUGUUUGUUUAUUCUGCUUUGCGGCAGUUCACACCUUCACUACAAACACACACGCACACAAACGGAAGCAUCUCCAGGAUCGUGCUGGCAAAUCCCACUCGUGUCGGCUUAUCUGUGCUACGUGUCGAAUGGUUUACCCCUUUUACGUUGUAAUUAAAGCACUUCCACCCCGAUUACCAUGCUGAAGGCAGUUAUCUUGAUCGGUGGCCCCGAGAAGGGAACGCGCUUUCGCCCGCUCUCGCUCGACACACCGAAGCCCCUGUUCCCGGUGGCCGGCAAGCCCAUCAUCCAGCACCAUGUAGAGUCGUGCGUGCGCAUCAAGGAGCUGAAGGAGAUCCUCAUCCUCGGCUUCUAUCCGGCCACGCAGAUGCAGCAGUUCGUGAGCAACAUGCAGAACCUGUACGAUGUGAACAUUCGCUACCUGCAGGAGUUUACCGCGCUCGGGACGGCCGGCGGCAUGUACCACUUCCGCGACCAGAUCCGGUCGGGCAAUCCGGGCGCGUUCUUCGUGCUGAACGGGGACGUGUGUGCCGAUUUCCCGCUGCAGGAGCUGUACGACUUUCAUCGCAGCAAGAACGAGAAGGCGCUGGUGUCGAUCAUGGGCACGGAAGCGACACGCCAGCAGGCCGUCCACUACGGCUGCCUGGUGCUGGGCAAGGACGAGGAGGUGACGCACUACGUGGAAAAGCCCCGGUCGUACCUGUCCACGCUGAUCAACUGCGGCGUGUACGUGUGCUCGAUGGACAUUUUCGCCAAGAUGGGUGCGGUGUUUCACUCGAAGCAGCAGGACUACAGUAUGCUGAACAAUGGCAACGGCAAGGACAGUGGACACAUACAGUGGGAGCAGGAAAUUCUGACGCCGCUGGCAGGGACGGGGAAGCUGUAUGCGCUUCCGGUCAACAACUGGUGGUCGCAGAUUAAGACGGCUGGGUCGGCCAUUUACGCCAAUCGGCAUUACUUGGCGCUGUACAAGAACGCUCAUCCGGAGCGGUUGGCUAGUGCCGGGUUGAAGACGGAGAAUGACAAUGCAAAUCUCGUUUGCAACAUCGUGCCGGACGUACACAUUCAUCCGACGGCUUCGGUGCAUCCAACGGCAACACUCGGUCCUAACGUUUCCAUCGGCCCGGGCGUGGUGAUCGGUCCGGGGGUGCGCGUUCGCGAAUCAAUCAUCCUCGAGAAUGCCGUCAUCAAAGAUCACUCCCUAGUGCUUCACAGCAUCGUUGGUCGUGGUUCGCAGAUAGGCAUGUGGGCACGGGUCGAGGGCACACCGAGCGAUCCCGAUCCGAACAAACCGUUCGCCAAGAUGGAAAAUCCACCGCUGUUCAACACGGACGGCCGGCUAAACCCGUCCAUCACGAUACUGGGCUACGCCGUCAGUGUGCCUUCGGAGAUGAUCGUCCUGAACUCGAUCGUACUGCCGCACAAAGAGCUGAGCCGUAGCUUUAAGAAUGAAAUCAUCCUGUAACGGGUAGGAAAAUGGAGUGAAAAACCGCAAUAGAAAUGAAAAGAAAUGGCACGUUAGAAGUACGGGUAGAGCAAUAUAAAUCCCUUGCCACAAAUGAAACAAUCGACCAGGUUGAAGACGUACAAUCGAUGACUAGCAAAUGGCAAUUGCCAGAGUUGUUUUGUUGCGAUAACACAUUUUUUUUUAAUUUUUGGCAAAAAUUGCCACUUCUAAGUUUUAUACUACCGAUGGAGGGAACAAUAGAAUAGAGAAACGCCAAAGCGCAGGUGAAACGUUGCCAUUAUGAAGUGCGAGGAUAAGAAAGACCCAUCAAAUUGGUAUAUAUCGAAUGGAAAAGCUCGUGAUACAAUAAACAUGUUUUUUUACUGGGAUCUUAACGAACUUGAAUAAAACCUUUACCUUAUUAUACCA